UCCUGCGUGCGCUGUAAAAUAUCCCUCCCCGUUGCCAUGGUAACAAGUGUCAAAACUGUGAAAGCUUUACCACGUGCCGCCGUAGCACGUUGCUUGUAGUUAUUCUUAGAGAAUAUUAUCUUCUAUCUAAUUAAUAAUUAAUAAUUAUGGAAAAAGGUGUACCGCCGGAUCUGCGCAAGUGGCUGAGGAAAUGUCUGAGGAAGGAGUUCGGGAAAACUAUACAAAACGCUAUAGACCAGGAGCAAGAUAGUAGCGAGAUCGCUCGCAAGCUCACAUAUUCCAGGGACAUGGCCAAUCUGCUGAAUUCCAUGAAAAUGGCGAUCACCGAGCAGUACAUAGUUGUGAAACCGUCGUCCCCGGCGUCGCGUUCACAGUCGUUGCUCUCGUUCACGAGUGAUUUGACGACGGACGACUGGGCCGCUUCUCCGCAGGGAGAGGACGGAGAACGAUAUAACUACGUCAUAGACAAGAUCAGUCGCGACAAGCCGGUCCACGUGAGAUUGUCCGGCUAUGAGAUCUUGCUGAAGAUCGAUUUGUCGAAUGUGAACAACAGUUCUCAAUGGGACGUUUUGCAGAAGACAUUGUUGGACGGUCUCACGGACGAUAGCAGAGCCAUAUUCGAGGCCAGCAUGCAAGUGCACGCCAAGUUGCUGAGUUGCGUGCAUGUACACAGUAUCUACGGCAAUCUACUGAACGCCUUCAAUGCGCAGUACCAUUCGCAAAAAGUGCGCGAGACCCUACCGACUCUCAUCUCCGGAAUCAACUUCAAGUUCUUCCUGCACGAGAAACUGUUCUGCAUAAUGCACCUGAUAAUCCGUUACCAGGAAGAGCUGUUGAAGAGCGUUCGACACAUCGACAAGACCACGGAGGACAUCGUGGAGCAAUUUGUGAUAUUUCUCAGUACACAUAGCUUCGGCAACACGCUGCAGCCCAAGACCUUAAACAUGCUCAACAUCAUCUCGGUGUUGGAGCCGCGAGCCAAGUGGAGCAAGAGAUGGCUGCACGGUCUGUCCACCAGGAGGACGUUCGUCGCCGCUUUGGCCAGGUCACCGACGUUCCUGCAGAACGUCGUGGAGUGCGUGUCCAACGGCCUGCGGGCGACACCCUGUUCCUUGACCGCCUCCAUCGUGGACGAAGGCAAUGAACUAUGUAUUCCUGGAAAUACGAUUGAGACCGUCACCUACCUGCACUGCUUAGUCCUCGUGUCGCAACUCUGCAGCUACGAGGUGGGCAGAGCGUUGCUGACGGGCGGUUCGUUGAAGGCGUCAUUCGAGAUCGCUGAUUUCUCGACCGAGCUGUCCAACUCGCUGAACAAAUUGGCAGCUGAGGCGCCGAGCGGGGUGUACGACACUUGUCGCCACGCUCUGCAAAGCGUACUGAACGUGUCGGAAGUGUUGUACAACAUGGAAUUUUAUCACGCUGCGCUGUGCCACUUGGUAUCUCUCCCGGAGAACGAUAUAAAAAUAUGGCCGCACACGUUGGACGUGAUCUCCCACAUGGUGGAUACCGCGGACGGUCCUGCGUUUUUGACUACCGACUGUAAGGAGCAUUCUUCAAAGUCCAAUGAGGACGCACCGUCGAAAUGCCCGGUCGCGAUUUUCAUGCUGUACGUGACGAAUUUGCUAAAACGACCGUUUUCCAUAAUGGAUAUGGAAUGCAUCCUCGGCUCGUUCGGCCUGAUGGAGAAACUGUUCGAUGUAUACGACGUGUACGAGGCCGCGCAGGUACAGAUAGAGACGCAGUUUUAUCCAGCCGUCACUAAUUUCUACAAGAAGAUGAGCAAGCACGGCGUCGAGAAUGAGAAUAAGAUUCAGCAGCUCGAUAGCGCCAUCAAAAAGGUUCUGCUGAAGAUGGUAUCGAUACCGCUUGGUUUGCAAGCGCUCGUCAACGAGAAACUCGUGUUCGAGGAAUUGAUUCGCGGAUUGAUCGUCCCGCUGAGAGCGUCCUGGAGUUCCACCGAUAUAGUCAGCUUCAUCUCGUCCGCCGGUUACUUCGAUCUGGGCUGCACUGUGCUCGCAGAUCUCGCGCCGCACGUCCUGUCGACUCUGUUGUCGCAAACCUGCGCGAACGCGGAGGAUCCCGCGCACUUCUAUGAUCCUUGGGACCGAGAAAAUACCAAGAAGUUUCUGCAUAUACUCACGUUGUUCUCCCUUAAUUUAAAUUGUUUCGCGGCAUUCAUGACGAACGACGAGUCGGAUAACGACGAGGAGAAGGAUUAUCCUUCGAACCUGUCGGAAUUACUGCAGACCGCAGUGAAUGAGAACUCGAGUUACCACCAUUUGGGUCUGCUGUCAUUAAGCACGGUCAUUUGGAACUUGGAUGUCUUCGUCUACCUAGUGAACUCGUUGAACUUUCAGGAAGCUUUGUUAAAUAUUCAGAAGGAAAGCACGAUUAUUAUUGAAGCUCGCGAGGAACAAGCUGACGAGGACGUCGAUUACGAGCGGUCUAUGAUAGACUGUGACGACGGUGAUGGUGAUAAUUAUAAGACAGAAUCCACGAAGGAAUAUGUAAUCGACGAUUCCAGCUUGCUGCGGCAUGAUAUCUUGGUGAAAUCCUACUAUAUGACUCCCAAGAAAAAGGAAUACACAUUGCCAUUGGAGGAUUAUCAGCUGUUCUCAGAAUUCCCACCACCCAAGAUAUACGAGGACACGGCAGAUGCUUAUAUGGAAUACGAUUCGGAACUGAACGACAUGCUGCAAGAAGAGAGACCCGGGCUGUUGGACAUCGGUUGGGUGUCGCAAGUUCGAGCAGCUCACAAAGCGUCGCGGUCUCCAAUGAAGAACUCUGUGGUAACGAAUUUACUGAACCAAAUGCACAAAGCCAUCCCGACCGCAGAGUGGGUGGAGCAGUUUGUGUGGCAAGAGAAUAUAACGUACGACGCGGACUACUGGGUCCCAGAAGACGCGCACGCGAUCAACGUCGCUCUAAAUUACGCGGAGCAACGGCAGAUCUUGAAGAACAAUGACGAUACCCAGCAGAAGUUGAAGCAGUUUAUUCAUUCCGCCUACAUGUUCAUACAGUACAACAAACCGAGCAAGUUCGAGGGCUUCGACUGGCUCUUAGCGACAGUAUUUAUUAUCUGCGACGGAGAUCUGGAUAAAUGCAAGACUUUCAUCACGCAAUUGAUUCAAUUCCCAUCGACUAUGCUUCUCUGGCCGAAGUUGGGUCGUGUUAUGGACGAGAGGAAUAACGAAAACACCAGCUCGCAAUUUACUUUCAUGCAAGUUUUAGAGGCCAUGGUCAAUAUCGAGCUUCCAAAUAUCAAGUACGGAUUGAAGGAUAUAUGCGGCAUCGACUGCUGGAUGAUAUUUAACAGAAUGAUAUCGCAAUGUUUCUGGGGAAUUCUCUCGUGGAGCGAGAUAGUUCAUUUCAUCGCAAUUUGCAUUUUAUAUCCGCCCGAUUACAUGGUGUACUACUGCGUAUCGCUUUUGCAAUUCUGCGACGAAUUUCUGCUGGAAGAUUUAACAAGCGGAAAAAUGUGGCCAGAGAACAUGGUAGGGCUGCAUGUGCAUAUAAAUUCGGUGAAAUUAGUAUUGCUAAGUGUAUCGUCAGAGGUAAUUCGCCAAAUAUAUUUUCGCACAGGCAUUGGACGAGUACCGUUGUCACAAUUACAUUUCGUAUAUGGAUAAUUUAGGUCAGCGAUACAGAAACAAAGUUUUACCGGCGAUGACCAAAAACAUAAAUUCAGAAGAUGAAUUAUAAAACACUGGACUACCUCGGUUCAUAUUUGAAAAACUGGGAUAUAUGAUAAGAAAAACGCGUAGCGUUUGUGUAAAUAA